GAGAAACUAAGACUGUAAGAUGGCAGAUCAAGCUUUGAUUCCUGAGGACGAGCUCUGUUGCUCGGUAUGUUGUGAUAUUUUUAAAGAGCCUGUUAUGCUGAAAUGCAGCCACAGCUUCUGUAGAGUAUGUGUGCAGAAGUACUGGAAAGAGAAGAGCUCUCGAGAGUGUCCCAUCUGCAGGAGGAAGUCCUCUGUUGAAGAUCCUCCCGUAAACCUGGUCUUGAGAAGCAUUGUGGAGUCCUUAAAUCAGAAGAAUGAGUGUGAAAUUGCAGACAAGAGUGACCCUCACUGCAGUCUUCAUGGGGAGAAACUGCUAUUAUUCUGCAAACACGACAAAGAGCCUCUGUGCGUCGUCUGUCAGACUUCAAAAAAACACAGAAAUCACCAGUUCUGUCCUGUGGAAGAGGCUGUACUGGAUCUGAAGGAGGAACUCAAGCCUGCACUUAAUCGGAUUAAAGAAAGACUGAAGAGGUUUACUGUGGUUGAACAAGAAUGCAAGAUAGCAGCAGAGCACAUCAGGAGUCAAGCCCGGCACACAGACAGUCAGAUAAAGGCAGAGUUUGAGAAGCUCCACAAGUUCCUGCAAGAGGAAGAGGAGGCCAGACUAGCUGCACUGAAAGAAGAAGAGAAACAGAAGAGUCAAACCAUGAAGGAGAAGAUAGAAAGUGUCACAAGAGACAUCUCCACCCUUACAGGCAAAAUGACAGUUGUAGAGAAGGCCAUGGACACUGAAGAUAUCUCCUUUUUAAAGAACUACAAGAACAUUGAGGAAAGAGCCCAGUGCACACUGCGGAACCCAGAGCUGCUCUCAGGGACACUGAUAGAUGUGGCCAAACACCUGAGCAACCUGAAGUUCAAAGUCUGGGAGAAGAUGCUGGGGAUGGUGCAGUACACUGCUGUGACUCUGGACCCUAACACUGCAUCCCCCAGGCUGUCUGUGUCUGAUGAUCUGACCAGUGUGAGAGACACUGGAGUUCACCAGCAGCUUCCUAACAACCCUGAAAGAUUUGACAGCUGCGCCGAUGUUUUGGGCUCUGAGGGAUUUAACUCCGGAAAACACAGCUGGGAGGUGGAAGUAGGGAACCAACCUGCUUGGAAGAUAGGAGUGGUAAAAGAGUCAGCCAACAGAAAGAGUGCUAGCCCAGAGGAUGGGUAUUGGGUUCUAAUACUGGAUGAUGCAGAGUAUAUAGUGUAUGCCAGUUCAGGUGUCAAUAAAACUUUAAGACUCAAGAGGAAACCCCAGAGGCUCAGAGUGCAGUUGGACUAUAACAGAGGAGAGAUGUCCUUCUUUGACCCUUGUAACAUGUCAUUGAUAUACACAUUAAAACACAAGUUUACUGAGAAAGUCUUCCCAUAUUUCUGCUUAGAGUCUCCCAGUAAACAUGGAGCCAUGUGGUUCUGCCCUGUGAAGGUUUCUGUAACACUGCAGCCGUGAUGGACAUAGUAAUGGUUAAAUCGGGAUAACUAUUUCACUGUCUGUCAUUCUUGGCCCCAAGAGAGUGAAAUAAAGUGUAAGUAAUCAAAAACAAUUACAGUACUAAUCACUGUCACUAAUUUGUGGAGGGUACACAGAUGUACUGGCAUAUAAUAUACUGCAAUUAUAUCCUUUUUCUGCUGAUUAAAUGUUUUCUUUCAUUUUAA